AUGGAGCUGGUGCCUUAUUCUGAUCCUAACACCAACUCCAACUCCAACUCCUCCACCUCACCGCCGUGGCAAGACAUGUUCCGAUCAGCCUCCACCCGCCAACCAGAUCCAUCUCCCGAACCCCAACCUCAGUUACCGCCGGAAUCCACCACCAAUCCGGAUAGGGAUGACUCCACUUCUCUCUCCGGCGACUCUCAGGUUCGUCUCGCACUAUACAUAGCCAUGGCACACGCCGGCUUAGUUUUUGCUAUUGUUAUUAUCUACGGCGUUUCUAAAUUACUUGAAGAAUAUCUCCGCCCGAUUCUCUGGGCUGUUCUUUGUUCGAUUCCUCUUCGAGGAAUUCAGCAAUCCCUAGUUUCGUUUUGGUCUGAACCUUUGGAAUUAGGUCUUACAGAAACUGUACUAGCUAUACCUGUAUCCGUGUAUAGAGUUUUCAUCGGGAGUCUCGUUGAGAUUAGAGAAUUUUUAUAUAAACUAAUCCUUCGUAAGAAGAAGACAAGAGAUGUUGUGAAGCGAAAACGAAGCGGGUUUUCAAUUUUAUUGAGAUGGUUGGUGUCGUUUUGGGUUUUUGUAAUGGCUUACGAGCAACUUGGUGUUCUUGGUGCCAUCACUUUGUUAGCGUUAGGGUUUAUGUUUACAUCCAGACAUGCGAAAUCCACCAUGGCUGCUGUUUCUUCCUUUGGAGGUCGUACUUUGAACCAUAAUCGGCAUGCAGCUUUCCUCACCAGCCGGAUUUUGAAUCAACUGGAGACAAUUGUGGCUAUCGGAUUGAUUGUUGGUAUGAUUGUGGGGUCUCUAACUGGGACCCUGCUUUUCUCAUACAAAAUUGGAGUUGAAGGAAAAGAUGUGGUUUAUUCCAUAAAAACCCAUGUGGAAAAAAACAAUAUAGCUGAGAGAAUCGGGUUAAAAAAAUGGAUGGAUGACAACAAUGUGCCAUUAAUGGUGGAUAAAUACAGCACUCAAUUUUAUGAAACUGUAAAUGUACAAAUCGAUACUUUAGCAAUGCAGUAUAACGUGACUGAAAUCGUUCAAGAAAUGAAACAUAUAAUCAUACCACGUAUUAUAAACCCCUCGAAUUCAUCCACACCUUCAACUGCAAUAGCAAUCCGAAACCCAUACACAGAAAAGAUACAAACUUUGACAAAAAAAGUUGUAAAUCGGGAAUGGGCAGAGAUUUAUCCAGAAGUAAACGGAUUGUUCAAAGACGCGCAUGUGCGUGUCAAUAGGGAAGAUAUGAUCAAGAACGCAAAAGCAAUCGCUUUUCAAGGAAAAGAUAUUCUUCAACGUGUUCUUGCAAGUAGUAAAUCCAUUGUUGGUGGUAGUACAAAGCUUGUUUUUGUAGUUGUUGAAUCCAUUGUUUCAGGGGCAGCUGGUAUUUUAAAUUUUGUGUCCCAAUCAAUGGUUUUCACAGGGGUUUUGUACUCUUUGAUAACAUCAGAUGCAGGUGGGGUUACUGAACAAGUUAUGUACAUGAUUCCUAUUUCAAGAUCUGCUAGAACACGAGCUGUUGAGGUUCUUGAUAAAGCUAUUUCUGGGGUUCUUUUAGCUACAGCUGAGAUUGCGUUUUUUCAAGGCUGUCUUACUUGGCUUUUGUUUAGAUUAUUUAAUAUUCAUUUUUUGUACAUGUCGACAUUUCUUGCGUUUAUCAACCCUUUACUCCCGAUAUUUCCAAAUUUCUUCUCCACAAUUCCAGCUGCAUUGCAAUUGGUUUUAGAAGGGAGAUAUGUUGUUGCUGUUUGUUUGUCCAUUAUUCAUCUUUUGCUUAUGGAUUAUGGUACUACUGAGAUUCAAGAAGACAUACCUGGUCAUAGUGCGUAUCUUACUGGCCUUAGCAUCAUUGGUGGAGUUGCAUUAUUCCCAUCUGCAUUGGAGGGAGCGAUAAUGGGGCCUUUGAUAACAACUGUUGUUAUUGCUCUUAAGGAUUUGUAUGUAGAAUAUGUUUUGGGUGAACCAAAGAAAGGGAAAAAGGACUAAAGGAGUAGGGAUGAUUGACGUUUUUAUGCAGGAGAAUUCUUUUCAAGUGUUUAAUUACCUGGAGCAAUGUGUCAAGUUCCCUAAAAAUUGGUCUUUUAGAUGGAUUAUAGCGUAAAGUUGAUGGGUC